UUCUCUCACAGUCAAACAGGCCCAUAUCCACGCCCCUUCAACCGGGGAAGACAGCACAGACCUGACGGGCCAGGGCAGCCUGCAUUUUUUUUUCUUAAUUAAGCAUCAAAUCUUCUCGAAUCUGGUUCGGACACGACAUUCUUUUGCUUCUAGCCUCUGUCACAGUCUCUGGGAGCGUAUCCAGCUUCUCCUCGCCGGACCGUUCCGGACUAUAAAACCAGACCGCCUGAGCCUAUUUCUUCCCCCACAUUCAUCUCAACACCUCACCCUUCACCGUUCGAAACAAAACAAUUUUCAUCCAAACAGCACAUUUGACGACACGAUACGAAUACAAAUAUACUCGACUCACACCUGAUACAACACAGCCCAUUCGAAAAUCACCACUUCCUCUUCGCAAACUAUCACACUACCGACCGUUUCACUUCAAGUCCGGUCCUCCGCAAAAUGGCGCCCAAGGCCAACACUAGCAAGACUCCCUGGCAGGAUUCCCUGGAGAGUACUUGCCACGACCUUCAAAUUGCCGCGCCGGUUUUCCAAAUUGUGUCUGACCGACGAGGUGGACGUACAGCAUGGUCCAGCAGGGUUACCGUUUACGGAGUGACUCACGAUGCCCGAUUUUGGUACGAUGGCAAGAACGUCAACAACGCCAAAGAAGAUGCUGCUGAGGUUGCUUACAAAUGGUUGAACGGCGCCUCUUCGAACCCCAGCUCACCCUCCACCACCCGAAGCGCAUGGUAAUUCGUUGGCUUGACAGCAAGUUGAUGACGGGACGAAGAUUGAUGGUUCGGCUGCGGAACAGUCAGACGGCCGUCCGGGACCACUUUAGGAUCCCGUGAUGAGUGCUGCUUGGAGAUUCCGAGUCAAAUUGUCUCGAAACCCCGUUUUGGUCUUGCGUUUCAACACACACCUACCAUUCACCGCCACCGCUUACACGAUCACGGCUACUUUUCACGACACACGGAUUCUCGGGCUACACUUUCGGAUUACUUAUAUUUAACGACACAAACCAUUCCUCUUCGUUGUACAAUAACGACCCACACAACACACGCCGUGCUUAAUACUUUCGACCGACGUACACAAGAGGAGUUUUUGGAGGGAAAUCGACAUUGCCACACGGCACACAACGGAAACUCUUAUCAUGACCUGGCGCAGACUUGCUUUGUUUUGAUGUUCUUUUUGGCUUAUGAAACAGAUUGACUAUGGUUUUGGCUUUUGUUUUUGUUUUUGUUUUCGGUUUCUUUAUUUACUUGGGAGGACACUUAUCAAAGGCACAUCUGACGAUGAUGUACGUCUACUUGGGAGUUCGCUGAUGGCCAGAUACCACUGGGAGGCAUUGCUGAGUGGGUGGUUCUUUGGGCUGGAAGGCUUGUCUUUUUCAGCACAUGAACGGACACAUGGCUUUAACUCGAGAGGAUCUGGAGUCUUGGUGGAACUCACUGGCGGCUCGAAAUUGUUGAACUUUUAUGGAAAAUGGGAAUUGUAAAAUAUUGGGGCUUUUGGGUGGUUGUUCUGGCUGCUUGGUUUCUUUGUCUUUUCCUUGGCUGGCUUCGAGUUUCUCUCUUGUUUGGAUUUGACGGUGGGGGGCGGAAUGAGGAUGCUUGGGAGGCGGUAUGGAGGGCGGGUUGGUUGGUCUUUUACUGCGAUGUCUACUUCUCUUGUGGUCUUGGUCGGUUACAACUCCGUGACCUUGAGCUUGGCCCGGGUGGGAUGGAUGUAGCGGUGUUGGAUCGCACUACCGAAGCACCAUACUGUUGAACAAAGUAUUCGACAUGUCACCUAUCGUCAAGUCGAAAAGCAAGGGAAAGAUUACCGGGCCGAUAUCGACGACAACGGAUCGAGCUUCAGCACACCGCUUCGGAACAACCCAACGGAGAACGGUUUUAAAAACAAUUAAAAAAGGUGGAACUGGGCUGGGAUAUAAUGCAAGGAGGCUGGGAACAACUUUUUUUUAUUGGUAAAUGGUGGAGGAUAUGUUGGAAUUUGCUUUCAUCUAUCUCUAAUUUUUUCACGUUGAUAUCCGAGUUGUUUUCUGUUUUUUCUUUUGGUUUUCUUGAUGACAUG